AUGAACGAGCAGGAAGUGUGCGGCCUUCCCGCAACAAAAUCAGUUCAAGUAGAAAAUGGUCUGAUGAAUUCGAGACUGUGAAUAAAAAACUGUUUUAGGCAAAAGAUAUUACUAUCUAGAUGUUCCGCAUUCACCGCCUCAACAAGGCUAUUCGAUGCUCGAGCCCGACAAUUUGAAGCUGCGCAAACUGCUCCAACUGGCGGAGCCGAUCAGAGGGCCUCUGAGUUUUUCCGAAUCUUUUAGUUCUGUCAAUGAGAUGACCGAUGAACCACAAAAGUACGGGGAUAACAUGGUCGUGAGGAAUGCGCGAGAAAUGUUCGAGAACGUCGUAAGUCCUAUGGUUCUCUAACCAACUAACCUCUUCUUUUUGAACAGGACAUUCUGCCCGACGAUCGAUAUUUCUGCCGCGUGUGCAAUCGCACCUACAAGACCCAUUCCACAUUGACUGCUCAUUUGAGAGGGUGUCAUUUGAGACAUGAGAGCCCUUGUCUGGAGAACGGAUGCAAUCAGUGAGCGAUCCUUAAAGUAAGAACGGUAAAGAGAGCGUUUUCAGUGUGUCGUUCACAGAAAACGAAAGGAAGAAGCAUCAGAAAAUUCACGAUAAAAAGAAAGCCAGAGACUAUUUGGUAAUGUGUAGGGGUGAAACAUUCAGAUGACAUUCGUCUUUUAGCUGCUACACCGAAAACUCGAAAAUUCUGUGAGCUGCCUUCCAUAUCCAUGCGAAGAAGUGCUCCGUGAACAGAUAUUGCGUACCACAAAAGAUAUUCCGGGCAUGAAAAAGACAGUUGUAUGGAAACCCGACUGUAUUUUCUAUAGAAAGGUCGUUUUAAGGAUUCAUCGGGAAAGGAAAAAGUUAAGUAUUCCUGCUUGGAAUGCGAUCAGACGUUCGCCAAUGCAUAUCACGCUACUCGACAUACAGAAGUGCACAAGUGAGUGACUUCUGAGUAAUCAAAGAGCACGAAAGGCAAACGACUUACAGAGACACACCGAAGAGAUGUUUCUACUGUGGAGAAAUACGGACUGGCAUUAUGGAUUUACAAGUGCAUUAUAUGCGCAUUCACAAGAACGAAGGAGUCCACACAUUCACCUGCAGUGUCUGUGACAAGUGAGCGCCUUGGAAAAGCUGUGAAGGCAAAAUGAGAGUUGCUUUGAAAGAGACUCAAAAGUUCCUAACCGGUUUUUUUAAUCGAAUGAAACGGAAUCGGAAACGCAUUCCGUUUAUUGAGCGAACUUUGAAAUUCUGACGAAAGUACAAACUGAUUAAAAUCUGUUCAUUUAACCUCGCUGAACCCUCAAUGCAUUGCACAAGCGUUGAACUCAUGAGAGAACGUAACCCCAAAAUGAGACUGAGAAAAAGCGACAAGUGCACCAUAAGCCUCUCUUGGCGCUCUGUUGCUCGCGAAUGAAAGGCUCGUCGCUAAAAUUGCGGUCUUAAAUUGGCUCAAUCGAUGGCCGGCUCUUGCUCUCUUCGCCACCUCAUUUCUCUUGUUUUUAGCGGUUUCACCUCGAUGACUUUGUUCCGAAAUCACGCCCAUGGGGAGCGCAAAGUCGGUAAGAAGACGGGACAUGUACGAGGGAAAGAAAGACGAAAACGGCUUCUUGCAGCGUGCCGCAAUUUGGAAAUGCGGCAAGACAUCUACUACGGAGAACUGCCAGCUGGCGUGACGAUCGAUCAACCGACUCUGAGUGAGAAGGCGCUGGCCGCCGCGGCCAUCGAAAUCGCAUUUCCGCUCUCUUCUUCCAGACCGCUUGAACUUUUUCCGCCGAAGAAAUGAGGUACGGGAGGCGACGGAGCUGUUGGUCGAAGAGCCGGGAGACACGACUGUAAGGCUGUCCGUUGAAUCGACUGAAGCCGUUCCGGACACGGACUCAGAUAUAUUCGAUGGAUUGAAUUCGAUGAUACAGACUGAAUUCGGCCUGAAGAAACUCGCAGAUUAUGUAUCGAAUCAAAUCACUCUAAAAUCGAAAUCCGGUCGCAUUUCAGAAGAAUUCGCCGCAAUUCCGAACCCGUCCAGCAAAAAGGUAUCCUUGUUCACUUGCCGAUGACAAAGAAGAAGGAACGUCGACGAGUGCGAAGAAGGAGAGAGUGUUGAUGGCACAGAACGGAUAUUACGAGCAUCAGGCAUCUCAGCAGCAAAAUGUAAGGAAAAUAAUUGAUAGACGCUGUAAAGAGGAGCGCGAAAGCGGUGUGUCGCGGGGGCCGCCCUGGUCGGCCGGCCACGAAACAGACGGCGAGAGAGGAGAGAGAAACGACAGAGACAGGCCAUUCCAAGUACUCGGGUCUCGGAGCGAGAAGUGAUAGAACGGAAUGUAUGGAGGUACACAGACAUCACACACGCUAUUGUUUUAUGGCAGGAAGUUCUUUAAUGGCGAACGGACGACGGAUUCCGAGAUGACGGCGUCCGUCGCGAAACAGAUCCGCAUUUUGAGAGAAUGUCUCACUGAAGGAGUCAGGCAAAGAAUACGUUAGUAGUGCCUGAAACAUUAAUUACUUCACAAUAUAUAAAUUAAAUAACCGCAGUGCCGUUGUCAGGGUGAUCGUCGAAAUUCAAAUGGCGAAAAGGGUGUAUCACAGCUUGUUCCAUUGUUCUGUUGUCAAAUAAUUUGGACACUCGAUGAACAAGACUAAAAUCGAAACUUCCCGAGGGAUCGAUUUGAUGAACAGUUGUCACAAAAAUUUCGAUCUGUAUAAUUGAUUGAUUAAGCAUUGUCUUGCAGAUAGCGCCGAACAUUCCGCAGGAGUGUAUCAAUUCGCCACCUGCAUAUGGAUAUGAUCCGCUUAUUGGAAGAUAUCCAGGUAUGACACGAAAAUGCAAAACUUGCAUGAGAAGCCGAUGUUCUCUUCAUUUGACUUGCAGACUUUCAACCAAUGCAGCAAGCCCUACUCGAUCCCUUUCCAAACUAUUUUGCAUAUGAAAGCCAGGAUACUAGUGGGAUCAGAGAUUCAGGUCUUCAGCACGAACAACAAGAACACAUGAAUCCAAUGACCAGAGACUGCAACUUUGGAAUGGGUAAGCUGUGCUUUUGAGAAAUGCUGUUUAACUUUACCAUGAAUUGGAUUCUCAUUAUCAGAACACAAUUCCUUGCAGAUCCGUCAACAUAUGAUCCACUGGCAAAAGCAUCUGAAAUGGCUACACAACUGCUUAUUGCCGACGGAAGCGGAGACGCCGUAUUCGAAGAGCUCAACAAAUUGGACUUUGGUGAGGGAAAAGAGCCGUUUCCGACGCGUUUUCUUUAGUGUCGACAGCUUUCAGCCAUGCCGGCAGGCGAUGAAAACGAGUGCGACGACGACCUUCUCACAGAUCUUUUCGGUUUCUGA